CUGAAAUGUGUGGAAUUUGGGCAAUUUUUGGCAGCGAUGAUGAUGUGUCAAGGCAGUGCAGCAGCUGCCUGAAAAUCGCUCAUCGUGGUCCUGAUGCUUUCCGCAUUGAAAAUGUCAACCACUUCAAGAACUGCUGCCUCGCCUUUCAUCGUCUGGCCAUCGUGGACGACAUUUAUGGUAUGCAGCCAAUGAGGGUCCACGCUUUACCUCACUUAUGGAUGAUCUAUAAUGGAGAGAUUUAUAACUGCAAACUGGUCCAGAAACAGUUUGACUUCGACUAUGAGACCAACUGCGACGGAGAAGCCAUCCUGCAUCUCUAUAACCACGGAGGCGCAGAAUUUGCCGCGCAGCACCUGGAUGGGGUAUUUGCGUUUGUCUUGCUCGACACGUCAGAGAGGAAGGUGUACCUGGGGAGGGACACGUACGGCGUGCGUCCAGCAUUCCGUAUGGUGGAAGAUGGCUUUUUGGCCGUCUGCUCCGAGGCUAAAGGUCUUUUGGGUUUGGCCCACACCAGUACUGACCAUGAAGUGGACAUCCAACCCUUCCCCCCUGGCCACGUGGAAACCUAUUCCCUGGACAAAAAGGGAAAGGCCAAGUUUCAGGAGAUAAAGAGGUUCCAUAAGAUUGGAGACAUGCCGAAAUAUGAGACUCUAGCUCCUGCCCUGGUUGAUGACGUCACAACCAACAUACGCAACCUUCUGAACGCGGCAGUGAAGAAGAGGCUGAUGGCCAACAGACGAAUUGGUUGUCUUCUAUCUGGUGAGUUUUCUUAAUUUUGAGUUUUUUUAGACCAAUGAAUAAUUAUAUUUGGUAACUGCAUAUUUUUUAUACUGAGAGGGAGAGAGAGAGGGAGGGAGAGUGCAAGUGUGUAAGUGUAUGUGUGUGUGUGAUUCAUAGAAAAAAAAUUAAGAUUGUAUUUUGUUUGCUACUGAAUGGAUAACAUAUAGUCCCACUUGAAUAU